AUGCAUAGAAUCACAAGCUCAAAAGCUAUACAUGGUAUCCAUAGCUCAGCAAGCAUCCUACAUGGAUCCAGGUCUAGGCUUUUCUCACAGUCGCGUACAGUUGUAGUGACACGAGCACCACUUUCAACAAGAUCCUUUUGUUCAUGCUCAUAUAUUGCUUGCGCCCAAGACAGCGGGCUGCCUCCAAAUAAUAGUACAAAUGAAGGCGACGUGCCUGUAGACGGCUGGGAAAGGACUAUCGAUGGACUGCCUGAUUAUACUGCAGAGCCACGCGGUCGUGCCAAAGGUGUCGAAUGGAAAUUGCGUGCCAAGGGAAGAAACUUUGUUGAUUUUUGUAGGAUCAAAGUCUCUGGAGGCCAAGGAGGUGAUGGAUGUGUCUCGUUUCAUCGCGAAAAGUUUGUGGCCUUCGGCCAACCUAAUGGUGGUAAUGGUGGCCGUGGUGGUAACGUAAUCUUUGAGGCAUCAUCCAAUGAAACCUCACUCCAACAUAUCCCUCAUACUGCUGCAGCACCUCGGGGCGUCCAUGGCAAAGGUUCUCUCAUGCACGGACAUGCAGGCAAGGACUUAAUCAUCAAGAUCCCUAUGGGCACCAUCAUCCGUGAAGUGCCUUCUCCCGAAAAAGAAAAAACCCCAGGUGAAGAAGAAGAGGAUGAUCCAUUUCACAAGUCUUUACAGCUAGGAGAAUUGGAGGCAAAGGAGCGAGAAAUGUCAAAACGCUGGGUCUUGUACCCUCGUAUGACCAAUUCCUUGACGACAUUGCCGGAGGGAAAGGUUAAUUAUUUUGAGGAGGCCCAGGCAUGGGUCGCAGAGGAAGAUAGGAUUGUCGAGGCUAGGAGAGCAGCCAUGAACAAGAAGCCAUUGCUACUAGAUGUCAAUGAGCAUACAGAGGAUGGAACAACAUUUUUGGUAGCAAGAGGUGGUGGAGGCGGAUAUGGAAACCCACAUUUCCUAACAACGCAGAACAGGGCGCCCAAGUAUGCAACAAGAGGGCGUGAAGGCCAGACCAGGUGGCUCACACUGGAAUUGAAGACUAUUGCAGAUGCAGGCCUAGUUGGGCUGCCCAACGCUGGCAAAUCUACGUUCUUGCAGGCGGUCUCAAAUGCGCACCCAGCUAUUGCGCCAUACCCCUUCACGACGUUAAAUCCCUAUAUUGGUACGGUAGAUUAUCCAGAUUCCUAUCAGGUUAAAGUGGCGGACAUUCCAGGAUUGAUCCGAGGCGCACACCGAAAUAUCGGAUUAGGGCACUCAUUUUUGAGACAUGUAGAGCGAAGCAAAGUACUGGUGUAUGUGAUUGACAUUGCAGCCGAGUUUGGUGUCAAGCGGCAGGUCAAAGGAGUCGAUGAUUGGAGUCCUGAGGAGGAAUAUCAAGAAAAUGAUUCUGAGCUUGAAAACAAGGAGGAAUUACCAACACAGGACCAGCAGCAUUCAAAGAGUGAUUCAGAAUAUAGCCAACCAUUUGAAGAUUGGAAGACACUUUUGGCUGAGCUGGAAGCGUAUCAGCCUGGUUUAACGCGAAGACCUUCCAUGAUCAUUGCUAACAAGGCGGAUGUGACAGAAGUCGCACCCAAGAAUUUCCAGCUAUUCGAGAAGCUGGUUCAGGAAGAAUGGGUCAAGAGGCGUGCAGCUGCCAGCUCUUCAUCAUCGUCGCCAUCCGCAGACUUUGAUAUAAAGAUCGUCCCUGUGUCCGCCAAAUAUAAGAAGAACAUUGUCAAGGUUACAUCGAUUUUGCGAGAGAUUGUUGAAGCUGAAAAGGCCAAAGAGGAUGCUGCAUUCAAGCGCAAAGAACAGAGGGAACAGCAGGAAGAAGAAGAAGCGUCAGUCCUCAAAGCAACGCGACGCAAUAUUCUCCAUAACCCUCACAAGUCUGAGGAAUAA